GGAGCUGUAGUCAGUCCUGCCGGCGCUCAUCUCCGGGAAGCUCGGGAGCUCCGGAGCGGGCCGCCUUCUCCGCGCUCAGCCAGGAGCAUGGAGCCCGCGCCCGGGCCCGACGCGGUGCCGCUGGCCGGCCUUGCCUGGUCGUCGGCCUCGGCGCCGCCGCCACGGGGAUUCAGCGCGAUCUCCUGCACCGUCGAGGGGGCUCCCGCCAGCUUCGGCAAGAGCUUCGGGCAGAAGUCGGGACACUUCCUGUGCCUCAGCCCCCUGGGCAGCCUCGAGAACCCGCAGGACAACGUGGUGGUGGACGUCGCCGUCGUGGUGGACAAGAGCGCGCCGCCGCCUGGCUACUCCGCCGUGUGCGACCCGCUGGACGCCAAGGCCUCUGUGUCCAAGAAGAAGCGCAUGUGUGUGAAGCUGGUGCCCCUGGGUGCUGCAGACAUGGCUGUGUUUGACGUCCGGCUUAGCGGGAAGACCAAGACUGUGCCCGGGUACCUGCGAGUCGGGGACAUGGGUGGCUUUGCCAUCUGGUGCAAGAAGGCCAAAGCCCCGCGGCCGGUGCCCAAGCCCAGAGGCCUGAGCAGGGAUGUGCGUGGCCUCUCCCUGGACGCAGCCAGCCAGCCCAGCAAGAGUAGCGGCCCUGAGCGGACGCUAUCGCGCCUGGGCUCCCGGGCAUCUACACUACGGAGGAGUGACUCCAUCUAUGAGGCCUCCAGUCUCUACGGCAUCUCUGCCAUGGACGGGGUUCCCUUCACACUGCAUCCCCGAUUCGAGGGCAAGAGCUGUGGGCCCCUGGCCUUCUCUACUUUUGGGGAGCUGACCAUCAAGUCACUGGCAGACAUCGAGGAGGAGUACAAUUACGGCUUCGUGGUGGAGAAGACUGCGGCUGCCCGCCUGCCCCCCAGCGUCUCGUAGCCCCUGUGGGCGCUGCACAGUCGUCUGUGACCCUGAGGGGUCAGUGUGGGUCCCCCUCUGGUCUGUGGGACUGCGCUGGGCCAAAAUCAGUGCCUUGGAGCCCAGCCCAAAACUUCGUGGGAGACACGCAUCCCCUGGGAAAUAAAGGAGCUACCGUCCAGGGCUGGCGUCCUGAUCCCA